AUGAUCAACUCCACACAGGUUUCAUUUUUCACCCUGGCUGCGUACUCUGACACUGGAGCCUUCAAACAUUUAUAUUUCAUGAUCGUCAUGUGUCUCUACAUGUUGAUUAUCUGUGCCAACCUCCUGCUGAUUGUGGUUAUCUGUGUGAACAGAAGCUUACAUGAACCUAUGUACAUGUUUCUGUGCAGCCUGUUUGUAAAUGAACUGUAUGGUAGUACAGGGUUGUUUCCAUUCCUGCUGCUUCAGAUCCUCUCUGACAUUCACACUGUCUCUGCUUCAGCUUGUCUCCUGCAGAAUUUCUUUCUUUUCUUCUACGGAGGUGUGGAAUAUUUCAGCCUAGCCGUCAUGUCUUAUGACAGAUACCUGGCUAUAUGUUGCCCUCUGCAGUAUAACACACAGAUGUCCUUUAAUAAAAUCACCAUGCUUGUUGCUGUAACGUGGUUUUACCCUUUACUGUUCUGUCUUGUGAUGUCGCUGACUUCCUCUUUACAGCUGUGUGGGAACAUCAUUCAGAAAGUUUACUGUGACAGCUACUCUGUUGUCAAACUAGCCUGCGGUGACACCACAGCUGUUAACAUCUACGGACUCUUCAUCUCUUUGCUCUCAGUCUUCUCUCUGCUGUUGCUCAUUCUUUACACUUAUGGGAAGAUCCUUAAAGUCUGUUUCUCUGGUUCGAAACAGACGAGACAGAAAGCUGUCAGCACCUGCACACCUCACCUCAUCUCCCUCCUCAACUUCACCUUCGGGGCUCUCUUUGAAAUAGUGUCAAGCAGGUUUGAUAUGAACAAUCUGCCCAAUGUUCUGAGAAUUUUUCUAUCACUGUACUGGCUCACAUGCCAGCCGGUUCUCAGUCCUUUAGUGUACGGUCUAAACAUGUCCAAAAUUCGCAUCAUGUUUAAAAGUCUUGUCUUUGAUAAAGUGUAG